AGAGGAAUUCUUUAGGGGCUGCAGAAUGACAGGGGUCAUCAAAGGCCAGCUGGAUGCUUUAAAAGCCUUGUCCAAGUCCCAGACUACACAGCAAAGCGAGAAAGCAGAGGUACUGAGAAGAUCUCCCCUCGCAUUCUCCUAGCUAGCUGCAACAUUUCGACUUUUAGCGUAUAUUAAAGACACAUCUUGUAGCGAUGGGUCGGAUGGCAUUUCUUCCCGCUUUGGUAUUUGCUCUAGCAGGCCUCGGCUGCAUGGGGAUCCAGCGCAAGACAAAACCUCGUUCAGGGCUUUCUAAGGCAACCAGUGAAGGGUAUAGUGUUGCUGCGCACCAUCCCUACAGGUACCCAUUGUACAUGAUGCAGCUCUAUCGAGACUACAAAACUGUGGACGCAGAGAAGAGCAGCACAGCCAGGGAUGCCAGACCAAGUCUUCAUCAGUCAGACUCUGUGCUUAGUCUGGUCGCUAAAGACUGUCAACAGAUAGGUGAGAGAUGGACGGUCACUUUCGACCUGUCCUCCCUUUCGUCCAGUGAAGAAAUUCAGCUUUGUGAGCUUCGCUUCCGCGUACCCGCGUUCGCCGCGUCCAAGCGGGCAGUCGUGGAUCUCUACCACUCUCGCCAAGACGACUGCGAGCCAGACGUCGAGCAUUGCCGUGAAGAGCCCAUCUUUCUCGGGACCAUAAAGCCCACAGCCGUCGACACAACCUCCUCCUCCUCCUGGCGAGUUUUCAACGUGACGGCUCUGCUCACGUACUGGCUGCGUCGAGAAAGCAGCGAGGAGCCGAGUCAAACUGACCGCUUCCCUCACGGUGAGUAUUCCACAUCAGAACAAGAGGAGGAGGCGGAGGUGGGAGUAGAGGACGCCGUGGAGGGGAGUGGAGGAGAUGCGGUCGAGCCUGUACCAGUAAAGCACCGCAGCGUCUGGACGCGCAAGAUCCGCCACCCCACCGCAAACAGGGUCAUGGUCGUAGUGUUUUCGAAGAGCACGCAGGCUCGAGGUCAGGUGCGCGCCCCCACUCUACUCCGCGCAGUGGAACACUCCAAGUACGUCGUCCUGCAGCGCCCCGGUGACGUCACCCAGAACCGUCGGCACAAGCGGAACCGACUAGAGAUGGACCAUUUUAGGCCGGUCCUCGGUGAAGGCGUGACUGGCUCUCCUGCGGUGUCCGCGCAGAGACCGCUGUGCAGGCGAGUGGACAUGUGGGUGGACUUCGACCAGAUCGGCUGGAAUGAAUGGAUCGUGCACCCCAAGCGAUACAAUGCGUUCCGCUGCGAAGGGGAAUGUCCCAUUCCGCUGGAUGAAUCCUUCAAGCCCACCAAUCACGCCUACAUGCAGAGUCUCCUGAAACUCUAUCAUCCGGAGCGGGUCACCUGUCCGUCCUGCGUGCCCACUCGUCUCAGCUCGCUCUCUAUGUUAUAUUACGAGGGCGAUGACGUGGUUCUGCGCCACCAUGAGGACAUGGUUGUAGAGGAGUGUGGCUGCCACUGAAGGGAACAGCUGAAAGACUUAGCUUGUAGUCCAUUCGUAUUCAGACAACUCUUUCUUUACUGCAGCCUGCCAGAUGUGGCGCAACAGUCGGGGCUUGUCUCAAAAAUGGUAGAAAAUACUGCGCUCAGCAGUGAAUGAUCACUGAUGCUCCUGGGAAACAGCCUAUUCACUUUAUGGUUCUUUCAUGGGCUUCUUUGUUGGUGUUACACAUUACCGUUACACACUGUUUUAGGAAAUCAGUGACUUCCUAAAAAAGUAGGAAGUGAGUUACUUAUAUAUGUUAAAAAAGGCAGUAUCCAAGAUGAUGCCAGUCUAUUGGUAGAAUGGAAAUAUUUAAUAUGUAAAUAUGACACAUUUUUAAAAAUAUGUAGUAGUUUUGGACUUUUUAAUUUUAAUGAAUGUACAAAAUGUAUAUAGUAUGUUUUCAAUAAAUCUGUAUUUAUAUUACUAAAAUGUGUAUAAUACAUGAAAUGUUCCAAAGCCUUUAUGCAUUGCUAUUCUUAAAAGACUUUUUAUAUUUUGUAUGUGUACAAAGCAGUAAAGCAAAUAUUCAGUAAUUUUUUGUGAACACAAUUUUUUUAGAAAACACUCAACAUAUUACAGGCCCUCUGAUAAAGUUACCACAAGACUCCUGUAAACUAAUGGAUCAUCCCUCACAAACAGCAGGAAUCAAUGGGAAUGAUUGUGGAUCAGGUCUUUCAGACUUUUUUGCUGUUACUAAUGGCAUUCAAUAUUCAAUAUAUAGAGACAAUUUAAGGUGUCAUCAUUCAUUAUUAUCAGUCUAUGUGUCAAUAACAGGGAUCAUUCUUUCAAACAGAAAUGGCUUGAGCUGAUGAGAACUGAUGCCUAGCUGAAUGGCUUAUGGUUGGCCUUUAUUUCAAUUGUAAAGUGCUGCUUUCUACACUGAUAUGUUUUUCUUACUCUGUAGGCAAUCCUAGUACAGAUAUGAAUAAAAACAAAUAAACACCUUGACACUAUAUGGCAGUUCUGCACUGUCUGCACAAAUCUUCAUGCAAACAUAAAUAUUUCUUAAGAAAAAUGGUACAAUCAAUAUAAAAUGAAAAAAAAAAACAAUAAAUAAGAAUGACUAUUUGAGAAAAGUAUUUUUUUAGAAAGACAUAAAUCUGACAAAACAGUCUGACUUGUCACACAGUGACUAUUAGCCAUUAGUGUAAUGAUUUUACAUCUACAAGGACCAACAAAGUAUGAGUGUCUAAUAGAGUGGACAGUGAGUAGACACAGUGUUUAAAAAUUCUCCACUGCUGUAUCUGAUCCAGUCGUACCAGCACCAACACACACUAGCACCCCAUCACCAUCUCAGUGUUACUAAAGUGCACCUAUUUAGAAAGCAGAGCUGACAAAAUGGACAAUGAGCAUAGAAACAAGGAAGUGGUCACAAUGUUAUGCUCAUCUGUGUAUGUUACUGUUCUGAUAUAUAAGCUCCAUCCAUAAUUGCUGUUAUGUGUUUAGAUCUAAUGUUUAGAUGCAUAACUGGUUAUUUUUAACAAGGAUUGUGAAUCUGGGAGGAGUUUUGCAAAGCUGCUUGGGUGAAAGAAAUUGCAAAAAAAAUUGUGAAGUUUGAAGCUACAGUGGGGAAGAAUCUCAGAAGCUGAAAAGCUAGAAACAACAAGAUGUCAGUGACUGGCUAUGCUCUGGUCAUCUGUCGUUCAGGCAUGACUUGUUGACACGUUGAUUUGACCAUUAAAAUCAGUCAGAUGAAGACUGAUUUCAGGUCUCAGUCUGCUCCCUUAAGUUCAUCUGCACUUAGAAAUUAGAAACUAGCUAGAGACAAAUAUAAACUUGAAAACUCCAUGGAAAGACUCCAUAGGAGGCCAUGAAAACUGAAGAUGAAAAUGAACCAGUGUUCAUUUCCACUCCCCAUAGAGUACAGUGAAAUGACAGUCACAGUGAGGGAGCAAUGACAAGGUCAAGUAAAAAUCAAAGAAAACCUGCAAAAUAAGGCUUAUAAAGGCAAUUCACCAAUUUUUUUGCAUAGCACUUCUUUAUCUUCUCUAAAGACCAAAUUGUGGGCAACAGUGGCCCAGUAAUCUUUGUUCAAUCAGCUGCAACAAGGGAAAAAACUCCCUGAGCACAGCAUGAGGAAGCAAGAAGUUUCAGAAGUUCUGUUUAAAUGAGGCUUUUAAAAAUGACAUCGUCUUUGUAUCAACAAAGUAGUCCCAUUUGAGCAGUUACUUUCAAUGUCCAAAUAAACAGCAGAUUUCAGAUAAAAGUCCAGGACUUCAAGACAAAAGAGGUGAAGACAUUUGUUAAUUUGUGGGUGGGUGGGUAGUUGUGCAUUUUGGGGAACUGAGAGUGUUUCUAGCAUUUGAAAGGUGGGUGGUAUCUGGAGGUGUGUGAAUCAUCACAUUGUAGAAAGAGGUUAUUACUAGAGUUGGGUGGUCUGAGGGUUGGUUGUUACAGAAAGUGACAAACAGAAGCAGCUAUGUGAAUUGAACACACCACAUGUGGUGCUCUCUUGUUGUUUUUGCACAUAUCAAUUAAAUGUAACAUGGCAAGACAUACUGAAAAGAGUGGCAUCUGUACAGUACAUUUUACAAUAUGUUUAUUUAUUAUGCAUGUUGUAGAUUUAAUCAGGAGAUACUGGUUUAUUCUAUUUCCAAUCAGAGAAUUUAAAUAUUGCACAUAUAUAUUGCAUUAAUAUAGCAAAUAUUGCACUGUGGAAAGUACUUAAAUGAUAUCACCAAUUGUUAAAAUUGCUGUAUAAUUAGACUGUUAAUAUAUAAAGUUAUUCAUCAGAGUAAUUUGAUGUGAAACAAGCCAUUCUGGGGGGAAAAAACGUAACAAAUUUACGGUAAAGGAACCAGAAGUGUUAAAUGUAUGUAAAAGCUCAUUACACAAAAUGGUAACAAAUACACUGCCUGAUGUCUGAAAACAUAUUUUGGUGGCAAAGUACAUGCAGCACGCUGUAUGGCAAAACUGUUCUCAAAGAAAGCAUAUUUUUGUGGAUUUAUCAUUAUUUUACAUUUCAUAAAAAUAGAAUAAAUAAUAAAUAACAAAAGCUGCUGGUGAAUUAGUCAGUUUGGAUAGUAAAUAAAAUCACCAUAUUUGCAUGAUAGACUUUGUGACCCCUGGUUUUUAUGACCACUGUAAAUAAAUCUGAGUUGGUAGUUUUU